AUGAAGUCCACCUUCUUCCUCAUCCUUUCCCUGCUCCUCAUUUGGGUGAAGCAAGCAACUGGGAAGAAAUUCCUUGGUCUAAAUGUGGGUAUGUUUCUUGUUUCUGUUAAAGGACAAGAAACUACGCAAGGUCAUAUUUGUACCACAGAACAGAUUCCGAUGGACGAAGAAUAUGUAGUUCAACAUAAAGAUCCCAUGAUCGGUCACAUUUGGGUCAAUGGACAAGAUUUCGUGGAAGAAGCAGUUUCAGUUAAAGGUCUCAGCCCUGGGAAAGGUCAUAUGCAGGUCAAAGGACAAGAUCUCCUGGGAAAAGAAGUUCCAGUUAAAGAUCUCCAUCCUGUGAAAGGUCGCAUACAGGUCAAAGGACAAGAUCUUAUGGGAGAAGUUUUAGUUCAAGGUACAGAUCCAAUGAUGGAUCACAUUUGGGUCAACGGACAAGAUUUUGUGGAAGAUGCAGUUCCGGUUAAAGGUGUUGAUGCAAAGAAGGGUCACAUACAGGUCAAAGGACAAGAUCUCCUGGGAGAAGGAGUUUCAGUUCAAGGUCAGGGUUCUCUGAAAGGUCGAGGUUCUUUGAAAGGUCACCUGCAGAUCAAAGGACAAGAUUCCAUAGGAGAAGUAGUUUCAGUUAAAGGUCUCCAUCCUGUGAAAGGUCAAAUACAGGUCAAAGGACAAGCUCUCAUAGGAGAAGAAUUUUUAGUUCAAGGUACAGAUCAUGUUUGGGUUGGUGGACAAGAUUUCGUGGAAGAAGCAGUUUCAAUCAAAGGCCUCAGUCCUGUGAAAGGUCGAGCUUCUCUGAAAAGUCGGGGUUCUCUAAAAGGCCAAGUUUCUCUGAAAGCUCAGGGUUCUCUGAAAGGUCACCUACAGAUCAAAGGAUAAGAUUCCACAGAGGAAGUUUCAGUUAAAGGUCUCCAUCCUGUAAAAGGUCACAUACAGGUCAAAGGACAAGAUCUCCUGGGAGAAGCAAUUUCAACUAAAGGUGUUAGUGCUGUAAAACGCCGAGGUUCUCUGAAAGGUCAGGGUUCUCUGAAAGGUCACCUGCAGAUCAAAGGAAAAGGUCUCCUGGAUGAAGCAGCUUCUGUUAAAGGUCAUCAUCCUGUGAAAGGUCACCUGCAGGUCAAAGGACAAGAUCUCCUGGGAGAAGUAAUUUCAACUAAAGGUGUUGGUGCUAUUAAACACCCAGGUUCCCUGAAAGGCCGAGGUUCUCCAAAAGGUCAGGGUUCUUUGAAAGGUCACCUACAGAUCCAAGGACAAGGACUCCUGGAAGAACCAGUUUCAGUUAAAGGUCUUGGUACUGUUAAAGGUCAAGAUUCUCUAAAAGGCCGAGGUUCUCUGAAAGGUAGGGGUUCUCUAAAAGGCCAAGGUUCUCUGAAAGCUCAGGGUUCUCUGAAAGGUCACCUACAGAUCAAAGGACAAGGUCUCCUGGAUGAAGCAGCUUCUGUUAAAGGUCAUCAUCCUGUGAAAGGUCACCUGCAGGUCAAAGGACAAGAUCUCCUGGGAGAAGUAAUUUCAACUAAAGGUGUUGGUGCUAUUAAACACCCAGGUUCCCUGAAAGGCCGAGGUUCUCUAAAAGAUCAGGGUUCUUUGAAAGGUCAUCUAAAGAUCAAAGGACAAGGAUUCCAGGAAGAACCAGUUUCAGUUAAAGAUCUUGGUGUUGUUAAAGGUUGAGGUUCUCUAAGAGGCUGAGGUUCUCUGAAAAGCCAGGAUUCUCUGAAUGGUCAACAGCAGAUCAAAGAACCAGAUUCCAUGAAGGAAGUUUCAGUUAAAGGUCUCCAUCCUGCAAAAGGUCUCUUACAGGUCAAAGGACAAGAUCUCAUGGGAGAAGAAUUUUUAAUUCGAGGUACAGAUCAAAUGAGCAGUCACAUUUGGGUCAAUGGACAGGAUUUUGUGGAAGAAGGAGCUUCCAUCAAAGGCCUUAAUGCUGUGAAAGGUAACCUGCAGGUCAAAGGACAAGGUCUCCUGGGAGAAACAAUUCCAGUUAAAGAUGUUGGUGCUAUGAAAGGUCCAGGUUCUCUAAAAGGCCAAGGUUCUCUGAAAGGCCAGGGUUCUUUGAAAAGUCGGGGUUCUCUGAAAGGCCGAAGUUCUCUGAAAGGUCGGGGUUCUUUGAAAGGUCACCUACAGAUCAAAGGACAAGAUCUCCUGGAUGAAGCAGCUUCAGUUGAAGGUCUUGGUCCUCUGAGAGGUUGCACACAGGUCAAAGGACAAGAUAUCCUGGGAGAAGCAGUUUCAGUUAAGGGAGUUGGUGCUGUGAAAGGUCGCGGUUACCUGAAAGGUCACCUGCAGAAGAAAGGACAAGGUCUCCUGGAUGAAACAGUUUCAAUUAAAGGUCUUGGUCCUGUGAAAGGUGGCCCACAGGUCAAAGGACAAGACCUUCUUGGAGACACAGUUUCAGUCAAAGGUCCCGGUCCCGUGAAGGGUCCCGGUCCCAUGAACGGUGGCACACAGGUCAAAGGACAAGACCUUCUGGGAGAAGCAGUUUCAGUCAAAGGUCCCGGUCCCGUGAAAGGUGGCACAGUCAAAGGUCCCGGUCCCGUGAAGGGUGGCACACAGGUCAAAGGACAAGACCUUCUCGGAGAAGCAGUUUCAGUCAAAGGUCCCGGUCCCGUGAAGGGUGGCACACAGGUCAAAGGACAAGACCUUCUCGGAGAAGCAGUUUCAGUCAAAGGUCCCGGUCCCGUGAAGGGUGGCACACAGGUCAAAGGACAAGACCUUCUCGGAGAAGCAGUUUCAGUCAAAGGUCCCGGUCCCGUGAAGGGUGGCACACAGGUCAAAGGACAAGACCUUCUCGGAGAAGCAGUUUCAGUCAAAGGUCCCGGUCCCGUGAAGGGUGGCACACAGGUCAAAGGACAAGACCUUCUCGGAGAAGCAGUUUCAGUCAAAGGUCCCGGUCCCGUGAAAGGUGGCACACAGGUCAAAGGACAAGACCUUCUCGGAGAAGCAGUUUCAGUCAAAGGUCUCAGUCCUGUGAAAGGUGGUAUGGGAAUCAAAGGACAAGAUCUCAUGCCAGAAGCAGUUUCUGUUAAAGGUUCUGGUCCUAUUAAAGAUGUCAUGCAGGUCAAAGGACAAGGUGUCAUAGGAGGAGCAAUUGCAGUUAAAGAUCUCAGGUCUGUAAAAGGUCAAAUGCAGGUAAAAGGACAGAAUCUCAUGGAAGUAGUUGCAGUUAAAACAAUGAGUUCUGUGAAAGGUUAUAUACAGGUCACAGGACAAAAAACCCUGGGAGAAUUUUUCGGUCAUCGUAAAAAUCCCAUGAUUGGUCACAUUUGGGUCACAGGACAAGAUUUUGUACAAGAAUCAAUUUCAGUUAAAGGUCUUGGUUCUGUGAAAGAUCAAAUGAAGGUCAAAGGACAAAAUUUCAUUGGAGAAGCAAUUUCUGUUAAAGAUCUUGGUUCUGUGAAAGAUCAAGCGAAGGUCAAAGGACAAAAUUUUAUUGGAGAAGCAAUUUCCAUUAAAAGUCUUGGUUCGGAGAAAGGUCACAUACAGUGCAAAGGACAAGAUUUCAUUAGAGAAGCAGCUUCAAUUAAAAGUCUCCAUCCUAUGAAAGGUCUUAGGCAAGACAAAAGACAAGAUCUCCUGGAUGAAGCAAUUUCAGUUAAAGGUGUCAGUCCUGUAAAAGGUGGCACACAAGUCAAAGGACAAGACCUUCUCAGAGAAGCAGUUUCAGUCAAAGAUCUCAGUUCUAUGAAAGAUCACUUGCAAGUUAAAGGACAAGACCUCCUACAAGAAGCACUUUCAGUCAAAGGUCUGGCUUCUGUCAAAGGUCACAUACAAGUCAAAGGACAAGAUCUCCUACAGGAAACAGUUUCAGUUAAAGGUGUCAGUCCUGUGAAAGGUGGCACACAGGUCAAAGAACAAGAUCCCGAUGAAGCAGUUUCAGUCAAAGGUUGGAGUUCUUUCAAAGGUCAAGGUUCUCCUAAAGGUUCCAUGCAGAUCCAAGGACAAGAUUCCAUGAAAGAGACAGCUUCAGUACAAGGUCUAAGUUCUGUGAAAGGUGGUAAGCAGAUUGAUGGACAAAAUACCAGGGAAGAAGCAGUUUUAAUUAAAGGUCAACAUCUUAUGAAAAGUCACAUGAGGUUCAAACGACAAGAACACAUGGAAGAGCAAAAUGCAUUUAAAGGUGAAGGAGCAUUCAAACAGCAAAGUUUCAGUAGAUCUGGCUCCUGCCCUGACAUUGUGGCACAGUGCACAUUUACAAGUAAUCCCGACGAGUGUGGCAGUGAUACUGAGUGCCCAGGGACCAAGAAGUGCUUGGGCAUGUGCGGGAUGCAGUGUUUGAUCCCCGAGUGA